GAUGGUUGAGGUUGGAGCUGUUGUUGCUGGGGUUGCAUUGGCUGAGGCUGGAGCUGUUGCUGCUGGGGUUGCGAUGGCUGGGGCUGAAGUUGUUGCUGAUGGGGCUGCGUUGGCCGGGGCUGGAGAUGUUGUUGCUGGGGUUGCGUUGGCUGGGGCUGAAGUUGUUGCUGAUGGGGCUGCGUUGGCUGGGGCUGAAGUUGUUGCUGAUGGGGCUGCGUUGGCCGGGGCUGGAGAUGUUGUUGCUGGGGUUGCGUUGGCUCGGGCUGAAGCUGUUGCUGAUGGGGCUGCGUUGGCCUGGGCUGAAGCUGUUGCUGAUGGGGUUGCAUUGGCUGGGGAUGAAGCUGCUGCUGAUGGGGUUGCGUUGGUUGAGGUUGGAAUUGUUGUGGCUGGGGCUGCGUUGGCUGAUGUUGUUGCUGGGAUGGAAAUGAAGAAAUGGUACUUUGUGAAAGUUGCGGACUAUUUGAAAUCGGUGGUUGAUAUUCCUUUGGAAGGGAAGAAUGUGAGGUAUUUUGCUGAUUCGGGAAUGAAUUUUGAAGAUUUGAGGCCAUAG